AAACUGACAAAAUCUGUCAGAACAAGGAACAAGACGCAAGCCAAAUACGAAGCAGGACACUACAAGUACAUCUAUUUGCCUCUUCCGUUGUGCUACUUAUUUAUUCCGCCUAAGCAUAAACGGUAAAUUUCAGUAUUUGUUUACGUCCGCUGUGGGAAUGUUGGACACGCUUUUCGGGUGCCGAAUCGAGUCGUACAUGAGAUGGCUCAGUGGAACCAACUUCAGAUGCUGGACUCCAAGUACCUGGAGAAGGUGGACCUCCUCUAUGAUGACUCAUUCCCCAUGGACAUCAGAGAGUACCUGUGCAAGUGGAUUGAGAGCAUCGACUGGGACUUGGUGGCAGGUCAAGAAUCGUUAGCCAUCGUGCGCUUUCAUGAACUCCUAUCCCAGCUGGAUGACCAACAUAGCCGCUUUGCCCUGGAGAACAACUUCCUACAGCAACACAACUGCCGUAAGAUUAAGAGGAACCUGCAGGAUCGAUUCCAGGAUGACCCAGUGCACAUGGCCAUGAUCAUUUCAAAGAACCUAAAGGAUGAGCGCAUGAUCCUUGCGUGCGCAAAGAGCUCCAUGGAGGGUGAGGGAAUGGCGCCAGCCAUGGUGGUGGAGAAACAGAAACUGGGCGGCAAAGUGAAGGAGAUGCGGGAGAGAGCUCAGGUGGCAGAUCAAACCAUAAAAAAUCUGGAGGAUCAGCAAGAUGAAUACGACUUCAAGUUCAACACGCUGAGGAACAGAGAGAACGAACUGAACGAUAUGGGGCCAAAGGAAGUGGAGAGGGAGAAGAUGGUCAUCACCCGGAUGUGUUUGGAUCUGAAAGCCAAACGUCAGGACGUGAUGCUCCAGCUGUCGGAGCUCCUGAAUGUGACGCAAGCAUUGCUGUCGGACCUGAUCUCCGAGGAGCUGCCUGAGUGGAAGCGGCGGCAGCAGAUUGCCUGCAUUGGCGGCCCGCCCAACGCCUGUCUGGAUCAGCUGCAGAACUGGUUCACCACAGUAGCAGAGACUCUUCAACAGUUUCGCCAGCAUCUGAAGAAGCUGCAAGAGCUGGAGCAGAAGUUCACAUACGAAAGCGACCCCAUCACCUUGAAGAAAGACUUCCUGGAGGUCCGAGCCCUGGAGCUGCUGAAGACCCUCCUCUCCAACGCUUUGGUUGUGGAGCGGCAGCCCUGCAUGCCCACCCACCCUCAGAGGCCCCUGGUGCUGAAAACCGCCAUUCAGUUCACUGUCAAACUGCGGUUCCUGGUGAAGCUCCCUGAGUUUAACUACCAGCUCAAAGUCAAGGCGCUAUUUGACAAAGAUGUGACGGACAAGAAAGGGUUCCGUAGGUUCAACAUCUUGGGAACAAACACCAAAGUCAUGAACAUGGAGGAGUCGAACGGCAGCUUGGCAGCAGAGUUUAGACAUCUGCAAUUAAAAGAGCAGAAAGUCGCAGGAAACCGAAACAGUGAGGUCCCGCUGAUCGUCACAAAGGAGCUUCACUCUCUGAGCUUUGAGUCGGAGCUGCAGCUCAGCCAGUCCGGAACCAAGAUCAAGCUGGAGGCGCUGUCUCUGCCCGUGGUGGUGAUCUCCAAUGUGUGUCAGCUGCCCAGCGGCUGGGCCUCCAUCUUGUGGUACAACAUGUUGACCAGUGAGCCCAAGAACCUGCAGUUCUUCCUGUCUCCUCCGGCAGCCAAGUGGUCUGAACUCUCCGAGGUUCUGGGCUGGCAGUUCUCUUCUGUCACCAAGCGAGGCCUGAGCCAGGAGCAGCUCAACAUGCUGGCCGACAAGCUGCUGGGUCCCAAAGCUCAGGGGAACCCAGACGGGCUAAUUACCUGGAACAAGUUCUGCAAGCCACAAAAUGCCAACGAGAAAGCGUUUCCCUUCUGGUUGUGGAUCGAAGGCAUCCUGGAUCUGAUCAAGAGACAUUUGCUUUUCCUCUGGAACGACGGUUUCAUCCUGGGCUUCAUCAGUAAGGAGCGCGAAAAGGCCCUUCUGAGCGACAAGUGCCCUGGGACCUUCUUGCUCAGGUUCAGUGAGAGCAGCAAAGAAGGUGCCAUUACCUUCACGUGGAUCGAACACGACAUGCACGACAAGCCCAUCUUCCACUCAGUGGAGCCGUACACAAAGAAAGAUCUGACUGCCGUCUCACUGGCCGACAUCAUCCGCACGUACAAGGUGAUGGCGACCGACGACAUCCCUGAUAACCCGCUGCGCUUCCUUUACCCCGACAUCCCAAAAGACGUGGCCUUUAAGAAGUACUAUGCCAAAAAUUCCGAGGCUCCGGAGCCCAUGGACGUGGAGAACACGGAGAAGAGCGGCUACAUGAAGACUGAGCUCAUCUCCGUCUCAGAAGUACAUCCAGCCCGGCUACAAGAGAAAAUGAUGCCCAUGUCGCCUGAUGUGUACCGCUAUUUGGAGCAGUCAGUCAGUCACACAGAUAUUGAUGUGAUGACGGUAGACUUUCAGGGUUAAAAGUGAGCUGCAGAGAAGGUUUUGUUUCUUGAGGUCACCAAACACAAGAUGCCGUCCUCCAUACACAACACACAAUUUUAGAAAUGUGUGCAAAAAAACGAGAAAAGGUGGUUCGAACUCCGACAGCGCUCUUGCGGCUGGCUCUCGCUGUGGCGACUCCCGAUGGGACAAACUGAAAGCCGCAACGUUUCACCACUUGUACAAAUGAAUCGACUAUCAUGAAAUAUA